AUGGCGCCCUCACCUACUUCAUGGGCUCCUCCCAACUAUCCACCAACGACGAUUGAAAAUGACGGGACAUAUGUCAAUCGAUACGACGCCCGAAAAACUCUGGCUCAUGUUACAUCUGAUCGGAACAAUGUCAAUAACGUUUUCAUGCUUCAUUGGAUCACUACGGAAGAUGGAAAGAAGUACCACCUCACAACUAAUGCUGGCCUUAACGGAUCUGAGCUCUUUGGUACUUUUUUGUCUUUGAAUGAUCUUCAGGAUUUGACGUCUCGCGGGGGUUCCAUUAUAGAGCCUGGUUCCGGCAGUUCCGAGCAUCUGAAUCUGCGCAGCACCACUCUGACCAUCUUGAGCCCAACAGACGGAGACAAAUGGACCAAUACGCGCCUUGUAUUGAACCUUGCAGGUGUUCAAUUGGAUGUGAAGAUCCAGCCAACUGGUGGUAACUUCUACUAUGGUGGAGGUGGUGGGCUUCAACUCGUCAAUAGGGGCCCUGAUCCAGAUUACUCUACUUGCCUCCCUGGAUGGUCUUGGUACUGGGCCAACCCAACUACGCGUCUGACUGGCACACUGACCAUUAACGGAAAAUGUGCAAAGAUCAACCCCGAUGAGUCUUAUGCCCUGUUCGAGAGGCAAUGGGGUAAUUUCGGCAUCGGAGAAGGUUACUACGCCCUCUGGUUCUACCUUGAGACCGGGGAAGUUCUCAUCUCAUGGUGUAUGACACCAGAUCUGGAUGGCAUCACUAAGAUUGCCUUCGCGUCCGUCUGGCACCCUAACGGCCUUCAUGAAAUGAUUCCAGUUGGCCCAAAAACCCGUGCCUCGGACAUUAGCACGAGUCCAACCACAGGGUUGAAAUAUUUCAACAAAUUUUACCUCGACCUCCCAGCUAGAAAUGCCAGUUUUACAUUUGAGAAAUGGUGUCGGGAUGGGGAGCUAACUCCCAUCCUGCCAGAGCAAAAGGAUCGGUACAUCACGAUUUCGGAAUCAUACGGAGAAGGUGUUGCUCAAUGGAAUAAUCAAGAAAUUAAGAUGCAGGGACAUGUCGAGCAGUUAUCGACGCUUAAAUAA